AUGGACGUCAACAAGACGUCUUCGCUUGAAAAUCUUUAUGCUGAAAUAGCACGAAAGACAGCAAAGGCAAUAGCUGCCGAAGGACCACCAUCGUCUGGUAAUAAUGGAUUAUCUAUUCAAGGGUCCCUUCCCGAAUUGCCACGCUAUCAACCACCACCUCCAUCACCACCUUCACGACUACGAACUGAACCAUUCAUGAUGUGUCGAAUGUUUUUUCCCACAUCGGGUCAUAUGGGAUUUGAGACAGUUAAAUUGUCUGAUGAAUUACCUUCAAUUGAAAUAGUUCGCGAAAUGGUUCUUUAUGAAACACGUCUUCGUUUGUCUGAUUCAAUUCAAAAAAUCAUGGAUGAAUACCAUACUGAUGAAUGUGCUGUUACUUAUGUACAUAAUCUCAUUCAACAACAUGUCGUCGAACAUUUUGGAUAUCGAGAUGUUAAUGCAUUACGCACUGCUUUGCAUCGCUUUCCAGAUGAUCCUAUUGUUCAGACAGCCUUUUAUGUUAAAUAUAACAAAAUUUCACAAGGUGUAGUUCAACAAGGCCAAUGUGCUCGAGAUAUCAAUUUGUAUACUACCGAUGGUCAACCAAUAACUCUUUUUUCACAAAUUUCAGCUGGCCAACCAUUAAUAAUAUUGGCUGGCUCAACUACCUGA